AUGCGCUUAUCGGCGACGCUGAUAACUGCGGCCGUCGGCCUGGUCCGUGCGGUCAAUUUUCCGGAGACCGCGAUGGGCCUGCUUCUGCACCUGCACAAGGCAAUUCUACAACACAACAAGAUGAGGAUACGUGCAGCCCUGGUCUCCGUGCCCAGAAGGCCGGCCACAAGGCCCUUGACCGAUCAAAUAACCGCCAUCACCUCCACACCCUCCAAAAUCAUCGCACCUCCCCCCUCAAAUCCAAACAAGCGCACUCUCGAAGAACUCACGCCCACCGAUCUAUGCUACUACUGGGACACCAAACCCCCAACCCCGUCCCAACUCGCCUCUGCAGACAAACUAUUCACACCAUCCCGCCACUCACCCCUCAAACUAUGGUCCGCCAGCAAAUUCCGCACUACGCCGCUCUCCUCCGUCGAGCCUGAAGUCGCAUUCCUCGGUCGCUCUAAUGUCGGCAAAAGCUCGCUGCUCAAUGCGAUCAUGGGCCAGGAUAUAUGCUGGACAUCGUCCAAACCUGGCCGUACACGGGAAAUGAAUGCGUUCGGGAUUGGUGGUACGAAAGGUGGUGAGCAUAAAGUUGUCUUGCUGGAUAUGCCUGGUUACGGCAAAGCGAGUCGUGCGGAAUGGGGGAUGGAGAUUAUGAAGUAUCUCCAAGGGCGAAAACAACUCCGUCGAGCCUUCAUCCUCAUCGACAGCGAACACGGCAUCAAACGAAACGACGCCGAAAUCCUCAGCCUCUUCCGACGCUACGCAAUCCCCCACCAAAUCAUCAUCUCCAAAGUAGACAAAAUCCUCGCCAAAAACAAAAAGCAAAUGAAAUCCGGCGCCUCGGCAAUCGGGAUCCAGCGGCUUCAGGAUUUACUUCGCAGGCUACAGCCACAGGUGCAGCCUGAUCCGAGUAUAUCAAAUGGUCCUGGUGCAUUGGGGGAAAUUCUGACAUGCAGUGCGGAUACACCGAUUGGGCCGGGCCGGGUAUUGGGCAUUGAUGCAGUGCGCUGGGCUAUUCUGUCGGCGGCGGGUAUUGAUGGGAGCUUGGAGGGUAUUCAGCCUACUUUGGAGGGUUCUGGUUGA